AUGUCUUGUUGCCUAUAUAAUGCUUGCUUAAUACUUUUGUAUGCUAUCGCUUGUAUGUUAUUUUAUAAUCCUAUUUUUCGAUAUAGGCUAUGUAGAUAUAUAUACCUGUUUUGUAUGAGAUUUUUACUACUUUUAUUUAAUAUUUUGGUUACUAAAUUAUUAUCAAUUAAUUUAUCUUUUUUGAUUGAUUAAUAAUAUCACUUUCUUUUGAAAACCUACCUACCUUUCUUUUUCUUAUUUAUUUAUGCUUAUUUCUUUCUCAUUAUAUUUAAUGCGAAUUCAUCAUACAAACAAAAUUCGCAACAAAAGAUGUUUGUUUUAGAUAGUUUUUUCAAUUCUAAAUAUAUAUGA